AUGAUUAGCGCUACAGAUGAACCUCUACAUGUGCUUGACCUCCCGCAACUCUACCAGAAGCCCUCGGGAACCGAUCUCGUGAAAGCUUUAGCUCUGUUGAGCUUGCAGCCACGCACAUUUGGCACGACCGCUGAUGUCGUCAAAGGCCCCGCAGUCCAGCCUGCCGGAGUGACUCGGUAUCUCACAUCCAUCAUCGCCAGUCCACUCGCAUGGCUCGAUACCGAGGAACUCCGGGAGGCAAUCUGGGAUGCGGCCGCUGCACGGCUAAGUGAACGGUCUGGUCGAACCGCUAUGCCGGCGAUGUCUCGAAUCUUCAACGUACCCACCAGCUCUGGCGAAGAAUACACACUGACCCUCCAUGAACCGUCAAUCACGGCGGACAACCUCGGUAUGAAGACUUGGGUAUCUUCCUAUCUUCUCUCGCGCCGGCUUCACUGCCUUGGAUCGCCACCAACACUUGUUCCCUCGGCGUCGGCAACUCCCUCCACAUUGAAACCCCAGAAACCUCUGCGGGCACUCGAACUCGGUGCCGGAACAGGCUUGGUCGGGCUUUCCUUUGCAGCUCUGCAGGGUGAAUCUGCCACCGUCCACCUCACCGACUUGCCCGAGAUUGUCCCCAACCUCGCCCAUAAUGCUGCCUUGAACGUAGAACUCCUCGACAGAACUGGGGCGAAUGUGACCACCGGUUUGCUUGACUGGUCGGUCACGCCAUCGCCCCUUCCAACUGCGGAAGAGCAAUUUGAUGUGAUUCUCGCCGCGGAUCCAUUGUACUCGCCCAACCACCCUAAAUGGUUGGUGGAUACCAUUAAGCCCUGGCUUAGCCGUGGACUCGAUGCACGAGUCGUGGUGGAGAUGCCGCUACGAGAUGCAUAUCUGCCGCAGGUGAAGGAGUUCCGGCAGCGGAUGGGCGAGUUGGGGCUGGCUGUGGUUGAGGAGGGCGAGGAGGUCGGCUAUGAUGACUGGGAGAGUGCAGAUGGAGGCGCAUUAGCCGUCAACUGUUGGUGGUCGAUUUGGGGAUGGAGUGAAAAGGUAUAA